GACAACGGGAUCCCGGAUCGCCGACGUCGCUCCGUCGUACUGCAUACACCGCACUCACGGUCGCCCGCUCAUCAGCUCGUCCGACACAAUAUUAUUAUUAUAAGUAUAAUAAUAAUAUCAUUAUAUUUUCUUCCGUUCGCGCAUCGGAUCUCGUGAGUCCCUCCGGUCCCGUCGUCGUCGACUUCUUCGCCGGACGUAUUUAAGGAGCCGGCGAGCCCUUCGUUACGACCACCGCGGUCCGCGUCGUCCUGAAGAUUAAGGUCCUUUCCGCCGUCAUCGCGUCACCGGCAACGACGUCCCCCGCACCGUAACCACCCGCGCUCGAACAUCACUACGGCACAGAGGGGAAACGAUCCAUCAAAAAUUAAACCAUUUCUGAGCAAGGGAGCAGCUGGCGGAAUGUUCUGCUAUCAUUGCCCAGCGCCCCCAUUACACCCUACACCAUCGACACGGAUACCAUCAAUCGACUAUCCGUUUUCGUCGUCACAUCCAUACACUAGUUAUUCGUAUCACCCUGCAAUUCAUGAUGAUUCGUUUGUUAGGCGUAAACAAAGAAGAAAUCGAACUACAUUUACACUACAACAGCUUGAAGAACUGGAAACGGCAUUCGCUCAAACUCAUUACCCAGAUGUAUUUACAAGGGAAGAUUUAGCAGCUAAAAUUCAAUUAACCGAAGCUCGUGUUCAGGUUUGGUUCCAAAAUCGUAGAGCGAAAUGGAGAAAAGCAGAACGCCUGAAAGAAGAACAACGAAAACGAGAAGAACAUGAUAGAUCUGGCUCAUUGCAAGAACAGCUGRAUCAUAUGGCUAAAGAUAUGCAGCAUUCACCGUCCACAAAAGCUAGCGCAAUAGAAGGCGAACAGAGAGACGAUGGACAUAGUGGCAGCGAGCCAGAUGAAGAUGCACGUACCAGUACUGUUCACAUAUCGGACCGAAGCGAAUCACCUGCCAGCUGUGGCAUGAACGGCGGUCCAGACGAUACGCCAACGUCCCCGUCGCCAACAGGGAAUGGAGCAGUUGUAGUGCCAGAUUCGCCGACGCCUAGCUUAAGUCCUUCGCAAAUCCGACCACCCAUCAGUGUAGCAACGUCGACAUUCAAUCAUUCAAUAUUUACUCCAUUUUCUUCUGAAGGAAAUGGAUUCAGACCUGUAUCUGACCCCGCAAUAUCCAGACCAAUCUUCCUUCCACCUCAUUUUGGAUCAUUACCAUCGCCGUUAUUCAGUGGUCUCAAAGGGUUCGGAUGCAGCUGUUGCACAAUGAAGCCGUUCGGGUCGAUGGCCGACGGAGGCGGCGGCGCCGAGCACCGUUCGUCCAGUGUGGCCGAACUGCGGCGCAAAGCCCAGGAACACUCGGCCGCGCUAUUCCACAGCUUACAGCACGUGGCCAACAUGCAGCAUCACGCGGCCGCGGCCGCAGCUCUCCAGUUGCCCGUCGGUCUCGGCCUCCAGUUGCCGUCGCUCACGUCCACCCUGCACGCGCUGGCGGCCAACCGGAAACCGGAACAGCAAAUGCCGCACCCGCAACCGCUGUCACUGACCACGACCAGCACUACAACCACCGCGGCCACGACGGAACAAGCCACUUCGGUCUCGCCGCAACAUCCACCAACGUCGUCCGACAACUGAAUCUCGCGACCGGUCCAAUACCUAAAUUAUUAGGGUCGUUGUCGCAAUUUCCCUCCCCUCCUCUCACCACGUGAACACCUCGUCAACAGCAGCCGGUUCGACCCGACGCGUACUCUUUGCCAUAUUAUUAUAAUAAUAACAUUACUACUAUACUAUAUCGUUAUCCUUAUCAUCAGUAUGAAACUAUAUUAGUCGAGCGCACAUAUUGUACAKUAUGUGUGUGAAGGAUAUUGAUCACGAUUUCAAAUUAUCGACUGCAAUCAAUAAUUAUCCAAGAACAUAUAGUAACAUAUAUAGUAUAAUAUUAUAUGAUCACGAAAACCGCUGCCAAAAGACUUGCAAAAUCGCAUCGUUUGUACAGAAUAAAAUUACAUCGAUUAAAAUAAUGUUAAAUUAAUCGUUACGUUAACUUGUAUAUUAUGUCGGUUUCUGUUCGUUUGUCUUUUUGUUUUUGUUCACAUUUUUUUUUUAUAACUCGUCUGAUAAAUGUAUCUUUCUCUCUCUCAAUCUCUCUCUCACUUUCUCUAUUAUAUUGAACAUUAUUAUGUACAGUAUUUUCAUAUUCCAAUUAUAUACAUCAUUCUAGUGUUAUAGUUACGUAUUAGUAUUAUUAUUAAUAUUAUUAUAAAUAAACACGUGACGUUAUAAUUUACGGAUAACAUAUUUAUAUUAAGCGUAGGAAAACUAUUAUUAUUAUAUGAUACGCGAUUAACAUUAAGUAUAAAAUAUAAA